UAUCACGAAAAGAUCUAAUUCCUGCACGACUGAAGUAAAAGCCGUCGCUCUGGAUGUUGAGAAGUGCACUUAAAAGAUUUCUGGAGAAAUGGAAAUCGUACAGACACAGGUUUGUGCCUUGGAUUGUGCUGAACUUGUCAAAAAAUGAGAAAACUUUGCGGCAGGUGACGGAGAGCUCAAAGGACAAACUGGUCCCGGAUGAGGAGGUUUCACAGACUCUACUGAAGCUCUUCUGGAUCCUGCUCAGGAGUCAGUGGGCUAAUAAUGAACAGCUCCGAGCUGCUCAAACUCAAUUUCUCAAACAGGUAAAAAGUGAAGAAGACGAAAGUGGGGGUCUUCCAAUGUCUGGAGACGAUGCCAUGUUACAGUGUGUGGGGUUCUGCAUUGACCGGAAGCAAAGCACUUUGCCCUCUGCAGGAACUGGGGUGUUUGUUACCAAAGGAUUUGUGUCCAAAGGAGCCACAGUUGCCUUGUACCCUGGCACUGUCUAUCAAUCCUAUGAGCCAAUUCUACUCCAGUCCAUCAGGAACCCAUUUGUAUUCAGGUGUAUUGAUGGUGUUUUGAUUGAUGGGAAUGAUAAAGGCAUCUCCAGAGUGGUCUUCAAGUCGUGCAGUGGCAGGGACAGAGUGGGGCCUUUCAUUAUGAGUGACACCAGCUGGUUGACUGCUAGACCACAGAACCCACUUGCUGUUGGUCAGUACGUCAACAACUGCUCCAACAAGUGUCCUGCUAACGUGUGCUACCAGGAGUAUGAUGUGCCAGACACAUUUCCCAUCGAGCUACGCCAGUAUCUUCCAAAUGUCAACUACAGUCAGGACUCACAGAGGCCUUUACGCUGUGUUGUCCUGGUGUCUCUCAGAGACAUAACAGCAGGGGAAGAACUCUUUUCCAACUACUACACUGUUGUGCAUUAGAGUAAAAUACACUCACUGCUUUGAAGUUAACUGGAGAAUAUGCAAAUGUUUUAAAUUAAAACAAUGUUAUUAAAAAAAAGUCACAAACAAA